GGGAGCGUCUCCGCGUGGCCUUCAGCCUGGGCGCCAUCCUCCUCCUCUUCUCCCUCACGGCCGCCCUGGUCCGGGUCCCCAUGCUGCCGGACACCUUCUUCUCCGUCACCAUGGCAACCAUCUGGUUCAUCAACACGUUGGCGGGCAGUGCUCCAGGGCAGCCUGUUCGGGAUGGUCGGUCUGUUCCCCCCCCGUUACAGCACCCUGUUCAUGAGCGGUCAGGGUCUGGCCGGGAUCUUCGCCGCGCUCGCCAUGCUCCUCUCCAUCCUGAGUAACUCGGGGGAAAGAUCGGCUGCUUUGGGGUACUUCAUCACGCCCUGUGUGGCCACCCUGGGGACUCUGCUGUGUUACCUGCUGCUGCCACACCUGGAAUUCGCUCGUUUCUACCUGAACAGAAGUCAGUCUGAUAACCUGGAGACCAAACAGGAAGUCCUCAGCAGCACAGACAUGAACGACCUCGAGGUGGACAGGAAGUUCAUCGGGGAGCCAGAGGAGAGCCAGCAGCGCUCGUCCGUCCUGAACGUCUUCAAGAAGAUCUGGCUGAUGGCUGCGUGUGUGACGUGCGUGUUCGCCGUCACCCUGUCGGUGUUUCCCGUGAUCACGGUGCGAGUUCGGACCGUCUACACGGACAGCGCCGCCUGGGACAAAGUGUUCACCUGCGUUUGCUGCUUCAUCGUUUUCAACGCCAUGGACUUGGUCGGCCGCAGCGCCCCGUCUCUCGUCCAAUGGCCUUCGAAGGAGAGCCGUGUGUUUCCUGUCGCGGUGUUGUCCCGUGUGGUCUUCAUCCCUCUGCUCAUGAUGUGUAACGUCCAGGACUCCAGACUCUCCGUCUUCAGGCACGUCUUCCGCCACGACGGCGCCUUCGUCACCAUCAUGGCCCUGUUUUCCUUCUCCAACGGCUACCUGGCGAGCCUCUGCAUGGCCUACGCUCCGCAGUUAGUGCGGAGUAAAGACUGCGAGACGGCCGGGUCCCUGAUGACCUUCUUCCUGGUUCUGGGUCUGGCGCUGGGAGCGUCUUUCUCCUUCCUACUGGGACAACUGGUCUAGACGACCAGGGACGAGCACACAGCCUGAAACUCAAACAAGGACAAAAGCACCAAGAUGUGAUGAAAUGUCAGUUUCAUCCUGUCAAAAGAAGGCAAGCCAAUUUUAUUCAUUUAUUUUAUUAUAGCACAUUUCAGCAGCGGUGCAAAAUUAGAAAUGAAUACAAGUUAAUACAGAAGUUAAUACAGAAGCAGUUCAUACACAAUUAAAAACAGUUAAUCAAAAUUAGAUUAAAUACAGGAAUAGAAGAAUAAAAUUCCCAGUGCAGUGCAAAGAAUUAAACAAAGGCAGUAUCGAAAAAGAAAGGUCUUCAGCCUUGAUUUUAAAGAGCUGAGCGUGUAGGUGCCGACCUACAGUUUACCUUCCACACACAGAUAUACGUGGAGCGUAGAAACUGAACGCAGCUUCCUCCCUUUUUUUUGUUCUGAUUCUGGGGAAGGCCAAGCAGACCUGUCCCUGAGGAUCUCAGAGGCCUUCUGCGGUUCAUAACAAGUAGAUCCGAAAGGUAAUUUGGCCCUAGUCAAACUCAGUUUCCCAGAGGGCCACACUGGAAAAAGAGAAUCGCACCGAGGGGCCAGACAUGUGGAGUUUAUUGAGGUGCUUUUUGUUACUGUGUGUCACUGUUUUUAAAACAUUUUGGUAUUUUUUUCCUCAUUUUUCUUGGUUUUCUUCAGACUUUUUUUGUGGCUUUCUCAGA